AGAUGAACUUCCAAACUGAGAUUGAACUUGAGCUUAAAUGAAGGGAGUGCCAAAUUUUAACCAUUAUGAAUUAGACCCCAUUUCCUACCAUAUAGUCAUUGCUGAAGUAAGUGUACUCUAUGGUCAUUUAAUAGCAUUGAUCUUUGGUGAUGUCAACUGGCAUUAACAUGAGUAAAGAGGACCCCAUCAGACCAAGCUGUAACAAGCUAAACUAAGUGGUUUAUCGUCUGGGAUCUGCCUAGAGCAAACUGAAACAAUAAUUGUACAAACAGAUGUAGGCUUGUUUUUCUGGCUCAUAUGCAUCACACAUUUAAUAUCAGCAAAUGUUCCUUCUGUGGCAAAAAUCUAUAGCUGCUCACUUUCAAAGAUGGCUGGCAUGAAUGUGGCUUAUAUAAUUAUAUAAUAUAUAAAUGCCUGUGUGUAUAACCUUUCUUGGUUGCAAAAAAGAAAUUCUAAAACUCCAGAUAGCUAUACUGGGCCAUACAAGAUGUUAUUUCAGGAAACCAAAGACCUGGACUCAAAUUUUUGCAUAGUUUAUGCAAUUCACAUGUAUACUUGAGCUACCUUUUAAGUUUAUCUUCAUUUAAAAUGAGGCUGAGAAUGAGUGAAUUCUUUCAAUAAGCUGCAAUAAUAAGUAAAUCAAUAUUUAUUAAUAUCAUAAAUUUUUUAAGCUGGGGAGAUUACUAGUUCAAAUCAGUCUUCACAGGUGGACAAGCUCAGGACACAAAAGGUAACUUGUUUAAACUUGCUAAUCAGUGGUAAAGACUAGGCCCUAGAUUAUAGCACUCACAGACCAGUGCUUUUUACAUUAUGCCCUACUGCCUAUGUUUAGCUGUUUAAUAGAUAAUAUACAGAAACAUUUUUAAAAAGCUAUAUCUUCUUUCUUGACAAAUAUGAUUUAAGAAAGAUGCACUGUUGACACAUAUUUAAAUGCAUCCUGAUAGCUUUCACUCUGAAUUUCACUUUAAAUUUGUAUGACAUCUGAAAGCAAGUAUGUGUAGUAAAUUUAAGCAAUUAGUUGAAAAUAAGUCUUCCCCUUCUAACAGUAACCUAGAGCCUUACUACUCAAAAGUGGUGUUCACUCAUCAGCAGCAUCAGCAUUAGUUGGAAGCUUGCUAGACAUGAAGAGCUUUGGUCCCUACCCCAGAUAUGCUGGAUAAGAAUCUGCAUUUUAACAAGAUUCCCAGGUGACCUGUAUACACAUUAUAGUUUGAGAAGCACUGCUCUACCAGAUUUAUUCUUCUGUAGUUAUAAAUGACUGACUCCCUCACAGUUGUUUGGAAAUACACCAAGAUGGAACUACAGGUUAGUCUCAACAAACAUGUUCAUGAUUUAUGAAACAUGAACAAAUGCCCCAAAUCACUUCACAUCCACUAGAAUGGCUAUAAUAAAAAAGACAUGAUUACAAUUGUUGGCAAGAACAGCAAAUGUUGACAUGGACAAACUGGAGUACUCUUAAAUUGUUGGUAGGAAUGUAAAAUAGCACCACUGCUCUGGAAAAUAUCCUGGUAGUUCCUCAAAAUGUUAAACAUAGGGUUGCCAUGUGCUUAUCUAGUUACAUACUAAGAUAAAUGAAAACAUGGGAAGGAGUAAGAAAACGGCAUAGGGCAGAACUCUGGGAGACACCACAGGGAGCAAGCCUACAAAUUACAUCGGGAGGUAGGAGGAAAAAAGAUCAUGGCAUCACAAAACCCAAAGGAAGAUUAUGUUUCAAGAAGGAACGCAAGAUUACUUUCAAAUAUUGCUGAGCAAUCAGGUACUGUAAGGUUAAAACAUGCCAACCUAAUUUAGCAACAUGGGAAUAGAUGGUGACUUGAAGGAUAAUCACUGUAGUAUUGUUUAAAGUCACAUGAAAUCUUAAAAAUAGAUAUUCAUCAGAACUAUUUAAAUCAGUGUGGCAUAUCCAUACUCUGCAGGAGUUUAAAGCAAUGAGGUAGGUUUGUAAGUACUGAAAUGGAAAGGUGCUGAACAGUAUGUGUAUUAUGUUCUCAUGUAUGUGUUUAGUUUCUAGGAAGGAUACACAAGAAACUGCUUAUGAUGGGAGUUGGAUUAGAAGAGGCAAGGAUAUCUUAUUUCUGUAACUUUCAGAACUACUUGAAUUUUAAAAUCCUGCAUAUGUAGUACUUUCAUAAUUUUCAAAGGCAAAACAUGUUUGUCUACAUAGGGGAUGAAAAACAAGUGUGGUAGCUAGAGAGGACUUUGGGAUUUAAAAAAUUUGGAAUGUUUAAAUUUUGUUUAGACGGAAGGUACACUAACAUGUUUAAAUGCUUAUGAGAACACUCCAGUAGAAAGAGGUUGAAGAUACAGACAGCAGGAGAGGACUGUAUCCUAAGCAUACUUCCAGUCCCAAGCCUUUUGAAUAAGGGAUAUUCAACCUGCAUGGUAAGUACAGGUUGCUUUAGAAUAGGAAUAGAAAAAGGGGUAGAAAAAGAAAACUUUCUUAAGAAAUAUACCUUAAGAAGUUCAUUAUGAUACAGUAAAGAUUUUACCUUUGUAACUUCUCUUCGUGGGGUAUAAAUUAAUAGUAUAAAACUACAUGACAGAAAAAGUUUGAGGACUCAGAUUUCCUGACUUCAAAACUUAUUAAAUAGCUAGAGUAAUCAAGACAAUGUGAUGCUGGUAUAGGAACAGACACAUAGAGAAUAGGAUUAAGAAUCCAGAAAUAGCCUUUCCUUUCGGCCGGAACCGCCAUCUUCCAGUAAUUCGCCAAAAUGACGAACACAAACGGAAAGAGGAGAGGCACCCGAUAUAUGUUCUCUAGGCCUUUUAGAAAACAUGGAGUUGUUCCUUUGGCCACAUAUAUGCGAAUCUAUAAGAAAGGUGAUAUUGUAGACAUCAAGGGAAUGGGUACUGUUCAAAAAGGAAUGCCCCACAAGUGUUACCAUGGCAAAACUGGAAGAGUCUACAAUGUUACCCAGCAUGCUGUUGGCAUCGUUGUAAACAAACAAGUUAAGGGCAAGAUUCUUGCCAAGAGAAUUAAUGUGCGUAUUGAGCACAUUAAGCACUCUAAGAGCCGAGAUAGCUUCCUGAAACGUGUGAAGGAAAAUGAUCAGAAAAAGAAAGAAGCCAAAGAGAAAGGUACCUGGGUUCAACUAAAGCGCCAGCCUGCUCCACCCAGAGAAGCACACUUUGUGAGAACCAAUGGGAAGGAGCCUGAGCUGCUGGAACCUAUCCCCUAUGAAUUCAUGGCAUAAUAGGUGUUAAAAAAAAAAAAAUAAAGGACCUCUGG